UAUCAAUUCAGUAGAAUAUCUACUCUCGUGCGAGACAGUAGGCAGGCGCGAAAAAGUAAUAUAUUCGACGUUUGUGUAUUAUCCUAGUUCAUUCGAAUUAAAAUCCAGACAUACUACUGCUUAUAUAUAUCUAUACCUCUUGUUGGAACUAGGAACGUUUUCGAACGAACAAUACUAAAAAAAAAAAACUUUUUCAAAACUUGUAGCAAACGGUAAAGUGCGUUGUGAUUAUGGCUGCAUUCAGCGUUUCAUUUGCGGAUCAGUUAAAAUUAGCUUACAGAUAUGGACAAUUUAAAAUUCGACAAUCUCGACAGCGAACAAAUCAAAAAGUUGAAACCACAACGACCUAUGGGAGGGUUCGUGGUGUAAAAUGGAAAUCAGUUUAUGGCGCGGAGUAUUACAGUUUUGAAGGUAUUCCAUAUGCAAAACCACCACUUGGAGAUCUUCGUUUUCGUGCUCCUAGAGAGCCAGAUCCAUGGACAGAUGUAAGGAAGUGCACGAGAGUACGUGCAAAACCGACUCAAAUGAAUUUUGUAAUAGGAAUGGUUCAAGGCAGUGAAGACUGUCUUUAUUUAAAUGUGUUUACAAAAAAUCUUAAUCCCUUAAAUCCAUUGCCAGUCCUUGUGUGGAUUUUUGGUGGAGCUUUUCAAAUAGGAGAGGCUUCACGAGAUAUCUACAGUCCAGAUUAUAUUAUGCAGGAAGAUGUAAUGCUUGUGACAAUAAGCUAUCGUUUAGGACCAAUGGGUUUUAUGUCAUUUUCGGAUCCAGACGUUGGAAUUCCUGGCAAUGCAGCCUUAAAAGAUCAAAUCAUGGCUCUGAAAUGGGUUAAGAAUAAUUGUUGCUUCUUCGGAGGUGAUCCAUCAAACAUAACUGUUUUUGGUGAAAGCGCUGGUGGAUGUUCCACCCACUAUAUGAUGCUCACAGAACAGACUAAAGGCCUAUUCCACAAAGGAAUUGUUAUGUCUGGAAGUGCUGUUGCACCCUGGGCUAUUAUUCCACCUAAUAAUUGGAGCUACAGACUUGCUAAAUCUGCAGGAUACACAGGUGAAAAUAAAGAUAAAGACGUAUAUGAGUUUUUGACCAAACUUAAACCGAGCGUUAUGUACAAACAUUCUGAGAAUUUGCUUACCAAAGAAGAACGACACAAUAGAAUAUCAUAUUGUUUUGGGCCAGUAAUUGAACCCUAUGUGAGUGAAGAAUCUGUCAUUAUCAAAAACCCUGUGGAAAUGAUGCGUGAAUCAUGGAGCAAUGCAAUUCCUUUGAUUAUUGGAGGAAAUUCUUUUGAAGGACUGCUCAUGUUUGCGGAAGCCCGCAAGUUUCCAGAUUUGGUGGAAGAACUAGGUGAUUGUGAAAAAGUUGUUCCUUUCGAUCUCCCUCUUUCACCAGAAGAACGAAAACAGUUUGGACUGAAAAUUAAGGAAACAUAUUUUGGCGAUGCAGAAUCCUGCUUAAAGAAUCUUCUUCAAUAUAGUGAUAUAUUUUCGUACAAAUAUUUUUGGCAUGGAAUUCAUAGAACAAUCCUUUCGCGGUCUGAAUAUGCUACUGCACCAACCUACGUCUACCGAUUUGAUUUUGACUCCAAACAUUUCAAUCAUGUGCGGAAUUUCAGUUGUGGUCGAAAAAUUCGAGGUACUUGUCAUGGUGAUGAUUUGUCUUACCUCUUUUAUAAUGGCAUAGCAAAGAAACUUAGUCAUCAAAGUAGAGAAUAUAAGACGAUACGAACAAUGGUAUCCUUGUGGACACAAUUUGCUGCGACUGGGGAUCCCAAUGUUUCAGACAAAAGUGAUGUUAAAUGGAAGCAGAUUGAGAGAAAUGGAAAACUCUUCCAAUGCUUGAACAUAUCUGAUAACUUGGAGAUGAUUGACUUUCCUGAAAGCAAAAAACUUGAGCUGUGGGACAGCAUGUAUCCUAGAGAAUUAUUGUAUUGAUUUUUUUUAAUUUUUACAAAAACAAAAAGAUGAUCCGUCCGAAA